CGGAACAUCAACACGCUCAGUCACCACUCACCUGUGCGUGCCCGUACACAUUUUCCAUCAUUUUCUCGGCGACCAAACAGCAAAUUUUCAAGUUUUGAACUUCAAUGCGAUCAAGAAUGGCGUCGCUGCUCCCGAAGGUGGCGAUAAUUCUGUCGUCUCUCGUGUUCCUCUUUUCUCCCUCGCAAUCUGCGGUCUUCAGCGUAGAUCUAGGGUCCGAGUCGCUCAAGGUGGCGGUGGUGAACCUAAAACCCGGUCAGAUUCCGAUUUCGGUCGCGAUCAACGAGAUGUCGAAGCGGAAAUCUCCGGCGCUGGUGUCGUUCCACGACGGCGAUCGGCUCCUCGGCGAAGAAGCCGCGGGUCUGGUUGCUCGGUAUCCUCAGAAAGUGUAUUCACAAGCGAGGGAAUUGAUAGGGAAACCCUACGACUUUGCGAAGAGGUUUUUGGAUUCAAUGUACUUGCCUUUCGAAGUGAAGGAGGAUUCGCGAGGUGCGGCGAGUUUUGUUGUGGAUGACAACGGCGCCGAGUACUCGCCCGAGGAAUUGGUGGCUAUGAUUUUGAGUCACGCAGUGAGUUUAGCAGAGUUCCAUUCGAAGGUUCCGAUCAAAGACGCAGUGAUAACGGUGCCGCCAUAUUUCGGGCAAGCUGAACGAAGAGGAUUGGUGCAGGCAGCACAGUUGGCAGGGAUUAAUGUUCUUUCAUUGAUAAAUGAGCAUUCUGGUGCUGCGUUGCAGUAUGGGAUUGACAAAGACUUUUCAAACGAGUCAAGGCAUGUGAUAUUCUAUGACAUGGGUUCAAGCAGUACCUAUGCUGCGCUUGUGUAUUUCUCUGCCUACAAAGGUAAAGAGUAUGGAAAGACAGUGUCAGUGAACCAGUUUCAGGUUAAGGACGUACGUUGGAACCCAGAGUUAGGUGGUCAGAAUAUGGAAUUGCGAUUGGUGGAGUAUUUUGCUAAUGAGUUCAAUGCACAAGUUGGUGAUGGAAUAGAUGUGAGGAGAUUUCCCAAAGCUAUGGCUAAACUGAAGAAACAAGUUAAACGAACAAAAGAAAUUCUCAGUGCAAACACAGCAGCUCCCAUUUCAGUUGAAUCGCUUCAUGGUGAUGUGGACUUCAGGAGCACAAUAACCCGUGAGAAAUUUGAAGAGCUCUGUGAAGAUAUUUGGGAAAAGUCUCUUAUACCUGUGAAAGAGGUACUUGAGCAUUCAGGCCUGUCAAUGGAACAAAUAUAUGCAGUGGAAUUGAUUGGAGGUGCUACCAGAGUGCCAAAAUUACAGGCUAAGCUUCAAGAGUUCCUUGGGAGAAAAGAACUUGAUAGGCACCUUGAUGCUGAUGAAGCAAUUGUUCUUGGUGCAGCUCUGCACGCUGCGAAUUUAAGUGAUGGAAUCAAAUUGAACCGCAAACUAGGAAUGAUUGAUGGUUCCUUAUAUGGUUUUGUGGUUGAGUUGAACGGUCCUGAUCUUUUGAAAGAUGAAAGCUCUAAGCAGUUACUUGUACCACGAAUGAAGAAACUCCCGAGUAAGAUGUUCAGAUCUAUUAAUCAUAAUAAAGAUUUUGAAGUUUCACUAGCUUAUGAAAGUGAACAUCAUUUGCCAACUGGUGUUACCUCUCCAGAAAUUGCUCAAUACCAAAUAUCUGGUUUGACCGAUGCAAAUGAGAAAUACUCAUCUCGAAAUCUGUCAUCCCCCAUCAAGGCAAACAUACAUUUCUCUCUUAGUAGAAGUGGAAUUCUUUCCUUGGAUCGGGCAGAUGCUGUUAUUGAAAUUACAGAGUGGGUGGAAGUUCCUAGGAAGAAUUUGACCGUAGAGAAUUCAACUAUUUCAUCAAACACAUCAGAUGAAUCUGGUGCUAGGAAUAGUUCCGAGGAAAGCAAUGAAAGUGUGCAAACUGAUAGUGGUGGGAUUAGUAAGACGUCCAAUAUUAGUGCAGAGGAGCAAGCUGCUGCAGAACCUGCUACAGAGAGAAAACUGAAAAAGAGGACCUUUAGGGUGCCAUUAAAGAUUGUUGAGAAGAUAACGGGACCUGGGAUGUCUCUAUCUAAAGACAUUCUUGAUGAAGCUAAAAGAAAAUUACAAGCACUAGACAAAAAAGAUGCAGAAAGAAAAAGAACUGCCGAGUUAAAAAAUAAUUUAGAAGGAUAUAUAUAUACUACUAAAGAAAAGAUUGAAACUCUGGAGGAAUUUGAAAAAGUUUCUACCAGUGAGGAACGCCAGUCCUUCGUUGAGAAGCUUGAUCAGGUACAAGAUUGGUUGUAUACAGAUGGUGAAGAUGCCAAUGCUACAGAGUUUCAAGAGCGUCUGGAUCAGUUAAAAACUGUUGGAGAUCCAAUUUUCUUUAGGUUAAAAGAGCUUACAGCUCGACCAGCAGCAGUUGAAUAUGCCCACAAAUACAUCGAUGAGCUGAAACAGAUUAUACAAGAGUGGAAAGCAAACAAGUCUUGGCUUCCAAAAGAACGAGUAGAUGAGGUUAUAAAUGAUGCCGAAAAGUUAAAGAAUUGGCUGGAUGAGAAAGAGGUUGAGCAAAAGAAUACAUCUGGAUUCAGUAAGCCAGCAUUUACAUCUGAAGAAGUUUAUUUAAAGGUGUUAGAUCUGCAAAAUAAGGUUGCCAGUAUUAAUAGAAUUCAAAAGCCCAAGCCUAAGAUUCAGAAGCCUAUAAAGAACGAAACUGAGAGCAGUGAACAGAACACGGAUAAUUCCAAUUCGACAUCAUCUGAUGAUUCCUCUUCAAGUGAUCAUUCCGCUGACAAUUCUGAAGGUCCAAGGGAUGAAACGGUUGAUGAGCAACUUCACGAUGAGUUAUGAUCAUCUGGGAAUGCAUGUAGGUCCAGUUUUAAUCAUCAACCUGCAAGAUUUAUAAUUAGAGGAGUAGAUUGAUAAUGCAUAGAUAAAAAGGAGGUAGUGUCAGUUUUCGGCGAGUAAGAGAGAGAUAGAGUUGAGGGAAUAUUUAUUUACUGGAUGAUGCUGAAAUUUUGAGGUUAGAUGGUUAGUACUAUAGUUGAUAAUUAAUUUCCCUUUGCUAUUUAAGGGGGGUAAGUUGUAAUUUACUGCUAUAUGAAGUAUUAUAUUUGCUGAACCACAUAAUGUGCCAGGAAAAAAAAAAAAAACUCUGUAAGACUAAGAAAUUUGCUCAAAUCAACACCUUAUAGAAAUUUUGCUCAAGUGAGCUCCCGUAUAAUUCU